GGACAACCCGCCGGCCAUUCGGCGGGCGGCGGCGGAGCUGGCGGCGCAGCUGCUGGCGGAGGAUGCGGCAAAGCUGGAGGCGGUAUACUCCCAGCGCGCCAGCGAAGCUGCGGCGGCCGCUGCCGCUGCCGCCGCUGCACCAGCAGCAGCAGGAGGACGUCGCAGCGGCCGCUCCAAAGCAGCCGCUGCGGCAGCCGCUGCUGCAGCAGGCGCCGGCUCCCAGGAGGCUGCAGCUGCUGCCGCCUCCUCUUCGCUGCUGGCGGACCCGCACCAACGCAAGCAGGCUACGCUGGUGGGGGCGGUGCUGGAGAUGAUGGCGCUGCUGCGGUUCGGGCAGGCGGCGGUGUCGCAGCAGCAGCAGCAUGCAGGCGGUCGCGGGGCUGCCCCCUCCGGCCCCCCCCUGGACCCGGAACUGGUGGAGGACCUGGUGGACGCGCUGCACCCCAGGCUGCCCGUGUUGCGCUCCUGGAAGCUGCUGGUGGAGUGCCUCUCCGACGACCUGCUCGCGCAGGUGUGGCGACCCACGGGUCUGGCGCACCUCGCGCAGCUGCUGGCGGCCUCCGUGAAGCGAGUGCGGAGCGGUGUGGUGGCGGCGGAGCGGGCACUGCCCCGGCGGCAGGCUCCCCGGGGUGCCCGCGCCCCUCCCUCCGACUCCGAGUCGCUGCAGGAGGCCAGCCAGGUGCUGCUGGCGGCGCUGCCGGGGCUGCUGAGGCGGCACCAGACGGAUGCGCAUGUGGUAUCCGCGCUGGUUGCCUCGCUUCGGGAGCUCAAGCUGGAGCUGUUCAGCCUGCGCGGCGACGAGGCGGGCUGGCGGGCGCUGCUGGGGCUGGUGGGGGAGCAGCUGGCGACCCGUGGGACGGCACCCGAGCUGCUGACUCAGUGCGCGGAGACGCUGAUGCAUGCAGCCACUCGCGGUCCUCAGGCGCUGCAGCCCUCAGCGGGCGUCGUACUUCGGGACACCUGCGAGCAGCUGGCAGCGGGCCUAGCAGCCGCCGCCACCGCCGUACGUGAAAUGGACGAAGAGGACUUGCGGGAGGCGGUGGCGGAGCUGGCAGCGGCAGCAGCAGCGGCGGAGGCAGAGGC